AUGGCGGAGCCGCGCCGGGUACCGUUCAUUAGCCUGUCACCCGUGAGGCGCCGCGAGGGCGAGAGCCCGGCGCUAGAGCGGGAGCCGGAGCCGCCGCUGGCGGGACGCGAGGCGCCGCUGUUGGCGCCGCCGGAGCCGCCGCACGAGCCCUCCCAGCCGGAGCCGCCGCCGCCGCCGCCCCGCGAGAGCGCUGCCGCCCGCUUGGAGCCGCCCCGCGACACCGGCCGGCCCGAGCAGCAGCAGCCGCAGCGCGAACCCCCCCGGCCGGAGCCGCCGCCGCUGCCUCCGCCGUCGCAGCCGCCGCCGCGCCAAAGCAGCCGGCAGGAGCCGCCGCCGCCGAAGGAGGCGCUCCCGCUGCGCCAGACGGUGCGCCUGGAGGUGGUGCUGAAGGACCCCACGGAGGAGGGCUGCGUGGAGUUCAGCUACCCGGAGCUGCUGCUGUGCCGGGACUCGCGGAAGAAAUCAGUUCAUUCAGAAGAUCCAUUUAAUGAUGAACAACGUGAGCGGCAUGAAGUAGAAAUGCUGGCCAAGAAGUUCGAGGCAAAAUAUGGUGGAAAGCCCCACAAACAUCGGAAGGAUCGCCUGCAAGAUCUGAUUGAUAUAGGUUAUGGUUAUGAUGAAACGGACCCUUUCAUAGAUAAUUCUGAAGCAUAUGAUGAAUUGGUUCCUGCAUCGCUGACAACCAAAUAUGGAGGGUUUUAUAUCAACACUGGUACGCUGCAGUUCCGCCAGGCAUCUGACUCAGAAGAUGAAGACUUUGCAGAAGACAAAAAGCACAGGCCACCUAAAAUAGUGAAGUUAAAAGAAAAUGAAGACCGUGGAAUGAAGAAGCGCAAGCGGAAAGAUGAAGAGACAGAGAAGGAGAAGAAGCCUCGGAAAAUGAAAGUUCCUAAGCAGUCGGGAGUAAUGGCCUUAAAUUCACACAAGUCUGAAAAGAAGAAAAAGAAAUUAUAUAAAGACUCACUUUCUCUGGCUGCCAUGAUCCGUAAAUUUCAAAAGGAGAAGGAAGCCAUGAGGAAGAAGGAAUCUAGUCCAAAAUCUGCAGUGACUAUUGCAACCUCUACCCCUAGUAAAAUUCCUUCUUCCUCUCUCAGUGCAGGAAAUGAUAUCUCUGACUUGAACCUCAGGAUCAAUGAUCCUGUCCUCUCCAUUUUUGGUAGCACAAAUGAACGUGAGCUCCUGCAAGAAGCUGAAAGUGCCCUGGAGAUGUUGGGAGACAUUGACUUUGACAAGUUGCUUGACGGCACUUCUGAUGGCAGCCCGGUAUCUGAGCUGUCAGGAGAAAAUGGAAAUGUCACUCAGGCAACCUACACCUCUCAGGUCAUGACACCCAAGCAGGUGCCGGCCCUCCCAGAAGGUCUGCCUAUGCUUCUUGAAAAGCGCAUUGGAGACCUUCGAACAGCCGCAAAGAUGUUUGAUGAAGAAGGCAGGAAAAAAUUUUUCACACAAGACAUGAAUAAUAUUCUGCUGGAUAUUGAGCUACAGUUACAGGAGAUAAAUCCUACCAUCCGCAAUGGAGUGUACUCUCACCUUGAGGCUUUUGUGCCAUGCAAUAAGGACACACUGAUAAAGCGUCUGAAGAAGUUACAUCUCAAUGUCCAGGAUGACCGUUUGAGAGAACCACUGCAAAAGCUGAAACUAGCUGUCAGUAAUGUUAUGCCUGAACAGUUAUGCAAAUAUCAAGAGGAUUGUCAGGCUCGUAAUCAAGCCAAGAAUGCCAAGUUGCAAGCAGAAGAUGAACGAGAGAAAAAUGGAUCAGAGGAAGAUGAUGAUGAGAAACCUGGAAAGAGGGUUGUGGGGCCCAGAAAAAAAUUUCAUUGGGAUGAUACAGUGAGAUCUUUGCUGUGUAAUCUUGUCAAGAUCAAGCUGGGAUGUUAUGAGCUAGAGCCAAAUAGAAGUCAGUCUGCUGAGGAUUACCUCAAAACCUUCAUGGAAACAGAGGUGAAACCACUUUGGCCUAAAGGCUGGAUGCAGGCAAGGAUGCUUUUUAAAGAAAGCCGAAGUGUUCACAAUCACCUCACUUCUGCUCCGGCAAAAAAGAAGGUGAUUCUGGCACCUAAACUCAAAAUGAAGGACUCCAGUCCGAAGAAAGAACAGAAAACCUGCAUGUCUUCAGUCAAUUCAGGUUGUGCUGCUACACUGAGUUCUAGCACACCUGUCUGCACCCCAUCUGGCUCUAGCUGCACACCAGCUCCAGAGACCAUCUGCUUGGAUGACUCGCUGGAUGAAGACCUCUCUUUCCAUCCCCCCUCAUUGGAUUCUAUUUCUGAUGCUCUGGCAGUUAUCAAUAAUGGUGCCAAGGGAUCACCUCUUGGGUCCACUGUAGAAACACCAAUAUCAAGACCCCGCCCUGGGCUGAGGGAAGAGAAACUGGCAAGCAUCAUGAGUAAGUUGCCUCUGGCAGCUUCAAAGAAAGUAGAGCCCACUCAAACACCACAUUCAUCAAGUCUUAUUGCUGGUCACACAGGGCCAGUACCAAAGAAACCCCAGGACUUAGUUCACACUGGUAUCUCUUCAGGCCUUAUUGCUGGAUCUUCAAUUCAAAAUCCUAAGGUUUCCUUAGAGCCUUUGCCAGCCAAACUGCUUCAGCAAGGACUACAGCGGUCAAGCCAGAUCCAAGCUGCUUCCUCCUCUUCACAGACCCAUGUUUCUUCCUCUAAAACCCAAAUUUCCACCCCCUCUCAAAGACCCAAGGAGGCUAAUAUCUUGGUAUCAUCUUCUGAGGCCCAAAGUGGUUCUUCCUCAACAUCACAAGCGACAAAGGUGCACCAGCAUUCAGCUGUACAACAGAAAUAUGUAUCUCCUUUACAAGCAACUAUUAGUAAAUCACAGACCAAUCCAGUGGUGAAACUGAGUAGUAAUCCUAAACUAUCUUGCUCAUCACCAGUCAUCAAGGCUCAAGAUAAGUCUGUAGUGUAUCGCCUGCCUUUGUCUAAUGCCUCAUCUGGAAGCAGCUCUCAAGUAUCUCACCCACUGGUUUCUCGGACAACAUCCAGCACCUCUACCUCUAGUAACUAUUUAGCCAAGGCUAUGGUGUCACAGGUUUCUUCCCAGGGUUUCAAGCCUCCCUUCUCCAUGGCUGCCUCUCCCAAACCUGCUGCCUCUCCCAAGUCUACUGCAUCUAAGCCCUCUGUGACACCCAAGCCCAAUGCAUCACCUAAAUUUUCAUCUAAGUCCACCUCAUCCCCCAGGCCUGCAACAACACCCAGUUCUUCCAGUUCAAGUGCACUAGUUUCCCAGAGUAGUCACUCCAGCAGCAACCCCCUUCAUAAACAGACCAGUGGUGUAAAUAUCAGCAGGCAGUCUCCCACAAUGAAUUUGUUGCCCUCUAAUCGCACCUCAGGCCUUCAGCCUGCAAAGAACCCUCAGGCUUCUUCAAAAUUGCCCAACUCUUCUCCUUCUGGAACUGUUGGCAAAAAUAAUUUGGGUGGAGUUGGAAUGAAUGUACCUGCCAGCAGAGGCAGUAACCUUAACUCAAGUGGAGCUAGUAGGACUAGUCUCUCUGGGGGAGCAGGAAGUGGAACACAGGGUGCUACUAAACAAUUGUCAACUCCACACAGACCAUCUUCUGCCUCAGGGUCUCCAGUUGUAGCAGCCAGCGUGCAGUCAACAGCAGGAGCAUCAUUACUGGCUAAUGCCUCACCUCUGACUCUCAUGGCAUCACCCCUGUCUGUAACCAGUCAGAAUGUGACAUCUGCACCAUUAACUCCUUUUGGGAUGCUGGGUGGCCUUGUUCCUGUGACCGUGCCCUUCCAAUUUCCCUUGGAGCUGCUUGGCUUUGGGACGGACACAGCCGGAGUGACAACCACCUCGGGAUCUACCUCAGCAGCUUUCCACCACAGCCUAACUCAGAACUUACUGAAGGGUUUACAGCCAGGUGCUCAGCAUGCAGCAACGCUGUCUCACUCACCUCUGCCUGCUCACUUGCAGCAAGCUUACACAGAUGGAGGCCAAAGUAAAGGGGACACUAAGUUACAGCGGAAAAACCAGUGAUUUCUGGACAAGCAAGGGAGCUGAAGCAGUUCUGGUUGGCUGACAGAAUGUGCCCAGUUGGGAAAGUGCUUAUUGUCACAGGGCUGCUGUUUCUGUCGAUGUUUACAUAUUCUGAUCCCAAGCACUGUGGUGAGAGGAAGAAGAAAGAAAACAAUACUUGAUCAAAGAGAGAAGGAAAAGGAGGACUGGUCCUCCUGGUCAUGCAGACUGGUCAUAGUUUGAUCUUGCCUAAAAAAAAAAAAAAAAUUUUCAAUCUGCUCUGAUUGGCUUUUUAAAAAAAAUUGGUUGUCAAACCCACAGCAGCACAAACAUUUUCUGGGUAUUGUCCAAUGAAGAUUUGAAAGCAUGAGAGGAGCUACAAUAGGCUUCUUCAUCCAUUGUGUGAGGUGGAGUUAUCCACUUAGUUCCUGAAGUGCCCCGCAUAAAAUAGUAUGUAGGUCCUGAAUGUACCAUAUGUUUAUGGACCAAAGGAUAUGUAGAGUAGAGGUGGUGUUGGGAUACUUUUGGAUUAUACUUAAAACCUUACGCAGAUGCAGAGUUUUUGAUAUGGGCAUUUUUCCAGCUUUAUAAGGCUUUUUGGCUUUAGGGAGCCUACAGAUAUAUGCAGUCUCAUUAGUCCCAGAGAGUUGUCUUAAACAGAUCUCCGGGUAUAUGAAAUGUCAGAGACAGACUACUGGGAAACGCCUUGCUCCUUGCUUUUGGAGGGGGGGAUGUUGUUUUUUGUUUAACACAUAGUAAUUCUUAUAUAAGGGAGGAAGGGGGUAGAAAUUUUUCACCUUACCUAAAAAAAGGAAAUUGGCAUUUUAUUGGUCAGACUAUCAUUUCUUCCCUGUUAUCCCCUCCCCCCCCCUUUUUAAGGCAUACUAUUGUAUUUCAGUUCAUUAGUUUGCUUCUGGUUUGCCUUGUAUCUGUCUGCUACUAAAAUGAAGUAAUGUCCUAUCAUAUCCUUUAUAAAACAUAACCACUUCUUCACCCAUUCUAGACCUUCAUCUUUCAUCUAACUCCUCCCAAAAGCCAUGCAUUAUACUUGCCUGCUAGUCAAGGAAAGCUGAAUGUGACUUACUGCAGAGCCAGGUUAAUACUGCUUCAGGCAUUAGCCAAAGAGGAGUCGUUCAAGAGCGACCAGAGGUGCCUUCUCUUCUGGGGGCUGAAUGGGUUGUCUCCAGCAUUUCCAGCCCCUGCUGGCCUGGGGAGUUCCUGACCUGAACUCUUCCUUACAUGGUAGCACAAGAAUGCAAAGUUGUGGGGGCUUUUUUGUUGUUGUUGUGUUUUUUGUUUUUUGUUUUUUUUUGGGGGGGGGGGCAGAUAGCAAUACAUUGACUGGUUCAUUUGUAAGGUUAGGAAAUACCUAACACAUGUUGCACUUUCGACAGUAGGACAGAACUUCACUGAAACCCUUGUGUUGUCAAAUAAAAGAUGAGAAUGGUAAACUGAAAUAGUUGUAAGGAGCAGCUAAAAUCAUAUGAUGCCCUUCUCCUUCAACCCUGAAACAUUCCUUUAAUCAGAUGCUGAAAUUCCUAGUAGAUAGUCUUUCCAGUAGUUUGAACUGAGAUUGAACCAGUGACUACUGUUUGUCUCACUCCUUCCAGAGAUACACUUUGACCCAUGGAUAUUGAAUCUUCAAUGCUUUUUGCUAGAUUAACUUAUAGCUUUCAGUUUUCUUUUGUAUGAUUUAUUUUUCUUAGACAACAAUUUUCUUUUCUAUUUAGAGCUCAUUUUAAUUUUAUAUAAAUAUAUAUAUACAUGAAUUUAAAAUAAUAUAUAUUGUAUAGUUGGUAUAAAAAUGUUGGGUUGAGCUCAGCAAUAAAUGUUUUUGCACAACACUUCUGUGAAAGACAGACUGAAUUAAAAUAAGAUACAUUAGGUCAUGAGUUUCACUCUACAGCAUCAGCCAAAUUACAUGCUUUUUAGCUAAUGUUUUAUAUGUAGCAUGUUGAUUAGAUAAGCUUGCAUCUCAGUCAUCAAAGUUUAGCAUUGAAAUAUAUAGCUGCGCAGACCCUGGCAUUCUUAAUCUCAUGCAAAUUAAACAAUGCAAGUUUUAUCUGAUCUUUUUUCUUCAGGAGGGGUUGAAGGAAGAAAAACUUAGCCCAGACAAUUCUGGCAGGAUGUUAAUUCUCUGAACUGUGUCAAAUCUCAGUACUUUUUAAAUAAUGCAUGUAGCUAGGGGAGUUGCAGCUAGCAGUGAGCCACCAGGCAGCAAUACAUUUAAAACUCUGUCCUAAGAGUUCUACCUCUUCUACAUUUUCUUCAUCAAGGCAUCUCAUUUAAAUUGCCAUCUUUUUGUCUUCAUAUUUACUUAAUGAAAUUUGAGAUUGGGAGAUAUGGAGCCCUUUUUUGUUUAUAGAACAAAUUUCUUUUCUGCAUCUCUCUCUUCCUGGAAGUAUGAUGCCUCCACUUCUGUUGAGGGGUAUCCUUUCUACAUCUUAAGGAAAUGAGGGAAUAGAUCAAUUUGUAUGGCCUAUUGAGUUUCUCAGAUAGUCUUGGGAAACAGGUGAACUAAUACUUACUGUGGAAUUAGGCUGUAGGAUGGUGAGCAUAAAUAAAAUUACACAAUCUUCAUGGAGCCAGGUCAAACGGCCACCAAAGGGGUAACUUCUCAGUCAUUAUUAUCCUGAGCUCCUUUGGAAUCAGCAACAUGGUGAUGAAAGGGCCUGUAUUUCUCUUUCCGUUUCCUCCCUUGAGUUAAACCUAGCAAGGCCAAAUCAAAGGAAAUAAGUUGGCUCACAGAUACCUUUAUAAGUAGAAUAAAUAGCAUGGAAAGUGAAAGAUUUCUGCAACAUCCCAAUGCAAAAUUAGAUUAAUACUUUACUUUUCUGCACAGCAACUCUUCUAAAGACAUUUUUCCCCCAAGUUUUUACUACUUUUUAAGGGCCUUCGGUAAUAAACUGUAGUUGUACAUACUAAAUAACCCUCAGUAUUCACAAGCAAUAAGAAAGCCAAGUAGAGCUGUCUCUCCAGGCAGCAGGGCUGAACUUGGUUUGGGGCUGUGUAUGAGCUAAGGUGUCGGGCUUAGUGUGAGCCCCAACCAAAUGCAAGCAAUAAUUUCAAACAUAGGUUUUAGAUGUUAAAACCCUCUGGGUGAUAUUUUCUGCUAUGUGAUCCAAAACCCAAAAGUCAUAGUAGCUACUUUAAAUUCUUUUGACACGUUUGUGAAUUAAGUAAAAAGGAGGCAGGCAAGAUGGAAAAUAAGGCUGCAAAAUUUUUGAUGACUUGGACUAUAAUUGCAGUGUUCUCUCCCUCCAAGAAAGAUGCUAAUGGCCUAAAUCACUUUGUCCAGCCUUCUCUGUUAGUUCAAGAUACAUAACUAGUACUGAGUAACUCAGUCAUAAGUGUGGAUGCUGUGGGUUUCACAUCUGUUUUCUGCUAAUCAGAAGUAAUUUUUAAUUGUCUGGGUUCUGCUGCUUGUUUGAAUCCAAAGUUGUCUGAUGCAUGCUUUUGGGGGUGAAGCAGGUGCCAAGAGCCUGUUUCCUUUCCCCUGUCGCAUCACUUGACCCUUCCUCCACACUCCUUCUCCACUUGGUGCAAGAGCCUUGAGGACAUGAAAACAGAAAUCCUGCAACUCUCCCAAGCUGCCAUCGGUUGUGUGAACCAUUAACCCUCUGGGAGUCAUCCUGGACUCCAACUAACUUUAUCACAUUUGCUGCUACAUUCAUAAAAUGAACUUUUGGCUGUAUUUAUUAGCAAAUUUUAAUCUAGUUUACAGUUUGGGGGGGGGGGAGGCGUGAGUAGUUUUUGCCCACAGAUGGAUUACAAGUGUUGGUGUUUGGGGUUUUCUUUGAGUGAAUUGCUAAAGGCGCGGUGGUCCCUCUUCUGUUCUUGAUUUGGAUUUUUUUGAAGAUGGUAUUGCAGGAAAACCUGCAGUCAAGCUAAACUCUGGAAGGCUUCCUCCCAUACCUCUAAUUUUCAUCUUUUGCUGAAUUGGGGAGAAUCACUAAAGGGACACUUACUUAUUAUUUGUUUGUUUUUCAUAAAAAUGAACCAGAAGGUGAAAGCAGUUAGAUAAAUGACUGAUUUAAUUAACACUUUAUGCAAUUUUAAUUUUAUAGAAAUUAAAAGUUGGUAGACUUUUGAUUGGUCCUUGCUCUGGUGAAAUGGCUGUUACCCUCCAUGACUGACUUGAUUCAGGCCUUUGUCCUUUUUUUUAAGUGCCUUUUAUUUUAUUUUCACACCCUCUUUGAACUGUUCUCAGAGAUCCUGAAGUGCUGGAAAGCAUUUUGGAGGAAAAAAUCUUAAGCUUGCCAAGAUGGCUUUAUGCUGUUAUACUAUUUUUCCCUUUUGUAAAGAAGUGUGUAAUGUGUGUGUAACUUCAUAGCUGCUGUACCAUGGCAUUGGUUCUGUAUGUUGUGCUUUCUUUCUCAGACUCUCUCUCUCUCUCUCUCUCUCUCUCUCUCUCUCUCUCUCUCUCUCUCUCUCUCU